AUGUAUAACGUGAAUUCUUUUUCGAGGCGGGCAGGGCAGUGCCACUGCCGCGCGCACGCUCGCUCGACCAUCGCCGCUACCUGGCGGGAUGCUCAACGCGGCGCGCCCGCCUUUGUCACGUGGCUGCAGUUUGCGUCGACGGCCGUCGCCGUCCGGCUCGCCUCCACCGCCGGCUGGGUCGAGACGGACGCCUUUGAGUGGUGCAAGCUCAAGCACUUUGCGGUUUACGUGCUCGCCUUCUCGGGAGGCACGUGGUCAAACAUGCACGUGCUGAUGACUGCGAACGUGGAGACAGUCAUCGUCUUUCGUGCGUGUGCGCCGCUGGCCGUGUCUGUCUUCGACUACGCCUUUCACAAGCGAGCGCUGCCGUCGGCGCGCUCGUGCGCAGGCAUGCUCGUCAUCGUCGCCGGCGCGCUCGGCUACGUCUCGACCGACAACCGCUUCCUCGCCGACGGCCUCGCCGCCUACUUUUGGGUGCUCGUCUGGUGGGGGCUGCUCGUGUUUCAGCUGACGUACGGCAAGCACCUCGUCUCCAACCUCGGCAUCAAGUCGGCGUGGAGCGCGGUGCUCUACACCAACACCCUCUCGCUGCUGCCGACGCUGCUGAUCGGCGUCCUCGGUGCUCCGACCGCCGCUCGCGCGAGGCGUGCGGAGCGAGGCUCCGACGGGCAUCUCGUGGGCCGGCUUCAAGUGAUCGGCGUGCUCAACAAGAUGCUCACUGUCCUCCUCAACACGCUGAUGUGGGAGCACCACGCCUCCGCCAUGGGCGCGAGACCUCCGCCGAGAUCGUACGAGAUCGCGCCAGACCGCAUCGCUUCGCUCGCCGCCUGCCUCGCGGGCGGGGCCCUCUACCGGCAGGCGCCCCUCCGCAAGGAGGCCGAGGCGCGGUACGAGCCGCUGCCACAGCAGGAGGCGACGCCCGUGCGCGGCGGCCGCGUCGCAAACGCGCAGUGCUCGCCCAUCCGCAAGGAGGGGCAUGUCUAG